AGCAGGGAGUGUACAGUAGGUGCAACUAGGGUGGGUUUGUGUCUCGUUUGUGGAGCCUCUGCUGGCGUGAGUCAAGUGGAAACAAAGCAGCUCAAACAGACUAAAGCUCCUUGCGAGGAACCAUUUGAAGCGAGCAGCAUCCGCUCCUCCGGACCGGCAGCAUGACCAACGAUUCCCCGGAGGAGGAGCCCCGCGCCCCGGCCGGAGCCUGCGUGCGAGGGCCGGGCAGCAGGAGGAACCGGGCCGACGACAAUGUGACCAUCCUGACGUCCUCCAUGGACUACCACCGGGCCGGGGCCGGGGCCGGCCGGAGCCGGGCCAGCAGCAGCAGCGGCGGCCAGGACGCCGGGCCGAGCCUGGCGUCCUCCGUGGAGCUGAGCGCGUCCCUGGAGACCAGCAUCCAGACGCGCAUCUUCAAGAUCAUCGUCAUCGGGGACUCCAACGUGGGCAAGACCUGCCUGACGUUCCGCUUCACCGGGGGCAGCUUCCCCGACAAGACCGAGGCCACCAUCGGCGUGGAUUUCAGGGAGAAAGCGGUGGAGAUUGAAGGGGAGACCAUCAAGGUGCAGGUGUGGGACACGGCGGGCCAGGAGCGCUUCCGCAAGUCCAUGGUGGAGCAUUACUACCGUAACGUUCACGCCGUCGUCUUCGUGUACGACGUUACCAAGAUGGCUUCCUUCCGCAACCUACAGACAUGGAUCGAGGAAUGUAAUGGCCAUCGCGUUUCAGCAUCCGUGCCUCGUGUUCUAGUGGGAAACAAGUGUGACCUUGUGGAUCAAAUACAGGUGCCCUCCAACAUGGCGUUGAAGUUUGCAGAUGCCCACAACAUGCUGCUGUUUGAGACCUCUGCAAAGGACCCAAAAGAGAAUCAGAAUGUUGACUCUAUCUUCAUGUCCCUCGCCUGCCGCCUUAAGGCCCAGAAAUCGCUGCUCUACAGAGACGUGGAGCGAGAGGAUGGAAGAGUGCGACUCACACAAGAGACUGAAACAAAGAGUAACUGUCCCUGUUGAGGAUGAGGAGGAGUUGUAGCCAUAACAGAAGGGAAGAGUCAGGAAAAAGUAGGAUGUUAAGAAAGUGGGGCAUAAGCAAGAGUUUGAAAUGUAAUGCAACUUUUUUUAGUAUAGAAGGAAGAUAGGGCAAGUUAAGACUGACUCCAAGAUCAAUGUUGACAAAGUAAAAGACGAGAGGGAAAAGGUGUUACAGCCAGUGCAAGGAAAUGAAAACACAACUCUCGUUCUUGAGGACUUGGAGAAAAAGGGACAGCACAGAUGAAUUCUGAGUAAACAUACUUUUUAUAUGUUCUUCCUUUCCCGUAACUGGUCCUGGCUUUGUCUUUUCAGAUUGUUACUUUUAGGAAAAUACUGGAACUGUCACAGCAUAUUGUUUAUUACCUAUUUAGCUCACAUUUGAACUGAAAGCAGGACCUCCUUUUGUACUGCCUUAAAAACCAAUAGAGCUGCCUCCUUCAUAGUCGUCGCACAUCACUGAGAUUUGAAUAUUGUGUAGGCUUCAAGCGUUUUAACCUCUUGUUUGUACAGCUAACCAUACACUCUGAUAUCUGCUGAAUGAACCAUUAAGUCUGCCUGAUUUCUACCAAGCUAAACCCCGUACAGGAAGAACAGAUUCUGAAAAUCACUGUGAGCUCAUGGACGUGGGAAAGAUGAGACAGAAUGACAGAAUACAUGUGGAUAAAAUGAAAGGUAAACACUCCAGGUAAGCUUAAAGGAACCAAGUAAAAAGAUCUUUACAGAAGCUCUCCUGAAACCUGCCAACUUACAGCUUUUCCACUGAUUUAGAAGAUAUAAGAUCAUAUUCCCCUUAUGGAGGACAAAUGCACUCUCCUACAAAGAAAGGAUGUCAACGGUCUUCUUUCUUCUCUGUUCCUCAUGUAAAAAUAUCCUCACCAUAGGUUCACUCUGGCAGAGAUGUAGAUGAAUCCAGCCUCAACCUUAAAGAGGACUUUUGAAAAGUAAAGCAAAUCCUCUUGAAUGUCAGAGUUUUACAUAUAACAACGCAAAUAAUUAACAAACAACAAAAUGAAAUAAAAAUCUGGUCUGUACCAUGUCUUAAAAUGAGCUGAAAUCCAACCUCAGGUGGAAAACAAAACAUGACUUACUACACCGUCUCAUUAUUUAUUUAUUUAACAAUAACUAAGCCAAAAAGGUCAAAGUAGCCUGCGACUUGUUAUGCUAGGGAGUAAAGCCGUUAUUCAAUAGCUUUUAUGCCCACCUUGAAUUCCUUUAAUCAAUCAUUAUCUGUGAGUUAUAAUCAAUCUUUCACACUGUUAUAAAGGAAUUUUGGCCCAAUCUUCUGUCGCUACAGUUCAUUGAGGUUUGUAUGCAUUAAUUUCUGCACAACUCUCUAAAGGUUCUGCUUCUGCAACAGCAUUUCAAUCAGACUGAGCUCCGGGCUUUGAAGGAGCCAUAUCAAUACAAAGAUUAUUUUCGUUUUUUGGGCAUGCUGUUGUAGAUAGGCUCAUGUGUUUGGGAUCAUUGUCCUGCAUAACACAGUAUCAUUAGCCAUCACACAGCUGGCCUCCCAUUUGACUCAAAUGCUUUGGCUACAGAUGAGUUCAUGUUCAUCUUGUAAAGUUCUUUUAAAAUGGAGUUCUCCCGGCAACAAUAUGAUUGACAGCUAAUAUGAAGUGUUUGUGUUAAUGUGCUGUUCUUGGUUUCCAUGUGUAUUACGGCUAGACGUAGAUACUUUAAUCUCAUCUGUCCAAAGAUAUUGUUCUAGAAACGUGACAUUUAAUAGGCUGACCAGGACUUAGGGAGCCUGAGAUGUGGGUCUUGGGUUUUCCAGAAUUUCUCUGAGCAUGGCACAGACCUUGGGAUAAACUUCCUAGAAAUUCCAGUGUGAAGAGUGGCCCCUGUCUUAAAUAUUUUCCACCUAUGAUUAUUUUUUCUCACUGUACAAAAAUGACUCUAAAUUGUUUGAAAAUGCCCUCAUGACCCGCCCCCAGCCUGAUGGACAGGUAUAAUUGUUCCAAUAUCAUUCCUGAUAUUGUUCCUCAUUAACACUUAAUUUAAAAAAUGCAUCAAUUCUCCAGAACAACAAAUAGCCAAAACAUAACCUUGGUGAUCAAUGAAUCAAGUACUUUUGAUUAGUAAUAAUAAUAAUAAUAAUAAUACCAGUAAUAGUGGACUAAAUUGCUCACAUGUUGCUUCUGCAUUUUGGCUUAGUUAUUGUUUAAUCAUUGUUCAUCUGAAUUUUUUUUUUUUUUUUUUUCAUCUUUACUUUUCAAUUACCUCCUCCUGAUACAUAGAACAUUUAAACUGACAAGGGAUUUUUUUUGGUUGGUUUGUUUUGUUGUACAUGCUUGCACAGUUACUUCACUCUUCCAUUAGACUGGAGCAUUUUAAUUCUAAUUUUACUUUUUCAAGGUAGAGGCCAUUUGUCUUAUAUAAUGUGCAGUUCACAUCAGCAUGACUCCUUGCAGUAACAGAAAGUGCAGAAGAGGACACUGGUAAUAAAAAGGCAUCGGUGUUGCCACACAGCCUAUACUUUUCUAGAAUAAGAAGAGUAUAAGCAGCAUGAUUACUGUAAAGGAAUAUAUCCAGCAGUAUCCAAGUCACUUGUGAUACCAGCAGCAUGAAUCAGUAGAGCAGGCUAUAUUGGUUAAUAAUUGUGCACAUGUUAGCAUUAUGCCUCACUAUGAGAAAGCUGCAAGUGGAGGAACACACUGUUUUAAACUCAUUUUUAAAGAUGUGAAAGUUCUGUGUAAUAUGGCAUUCAUUAAAUACCCUGACUGUAAUAUGUGCCACUUGGAUAUAGCAGCACAUGUUUCACAUGUUAUCACUGUAGCCUACUUUUGAGAAAUGCUAUUAAUAUACCCGAAUGCCAUAUUUAGAAAAUUCACUUCAGAUUUCAAGAGCAGUCCUUUCCAAGCUAAAAGUCUGAUGGCCAUUAUUUAUUUGGCAAACUGACACGGGCAAACACUGUGCAAGUCUAGAGACCCGAGUACUUACUAUUGAUGAAUACCAUGACAUCAUUGUAUUUUACCUGGAAGACAGUAACUCUCACUGUACAGGGAGAUCUGAAACUGAAAUGAAAAUUAACAACAAACUCUACUUUUUUUUAUUUUCCUUCAUUUUUGGAAGGGGGUGAUGGCAGGGUGUUCAGAUGUGAUGACUUGUAUCUGCAACCCUUUAACUGCCAGCAAAUACACACAGGUCAUAUCAACCUUCACCUUGUUAUGACUUGGCUAGUUCAGGCAUUGCAAUGCAAGGGGGGGACUGUAGUAGGAUAAUUAGAAAACAUACUUAAAAAAAACAACAGUUUAAAUGGUUUAAAACAUAAAAAGACAAAAGGGAUGAUGAAACGCUGCCAAGUUUGCUGAUUAAAAACUUGAGUUCACUGCAUUAACAUUUUCAAUAAAACUCAAAAUGCUUCUAGUAAUUUGAAAUUACAAAUUGUAAAUGUGUGUAACCCAGGUCUGAAUUGUGCAGUUUAAAUGUGAAGUCCAUUUUUUCACCACUGACUUUGUUUUGUAAGUUAUAUUUUUGCUGUGCUCCUGCUUCAGUGUGAAAUAUUGUUAUUUAAGUAGUUGAUUGCUGCUUACACAAAACAAACCUGUUGCAGAUAUUUUCACAUUUUUUUUAAUUUUUAAAUUUUUUUUAUUUUUAAAGAUUAAACAUAAUACACACACAUACUGUACACACACAAACACACAAUUGUGUGCGUGUAUAUAUAUACAUACAUAAAAUGAAGCAAGCCACAUCAACUGAGUUUCAUUUGCCUUGGUAACAACAUUCUUUUAUUUACAACACAGGUAACUUAUUUUUUUAGUACCCUGUCAGUCAGCAGGUAUUCUGUCACCAGUUUCCAAAUGAUGUCAACACUGUUA